AUGAACCUCGAGCCGGACAUUUAUCCCCUGGAAACCACAAAGCCGAUUGCAACCACGGCUUUGGUACAAUCAGAAUGGGGCUCCCUGCUCUCCUUGCCACAUCAGCCGGCCAUUAUAAGCACCAACCCUCCAGAUUCUACCCUAUUUGACAAUGAGCAGCAGAGAGCCGUGCCUAGCUCAGUUCUUUCACCCUCAUGGCCCAUCGACCCAUCUCUUGGUACUAUGAUGGGAGUCAACCCCACGCUUGACUGGAAUGAGGCCGACUUGUCGUUACCUGAGCCCUCUCCUUCAGGUGAGACCUAUUCGUUGUCGGGUUUAUGCCAAGGUGAAUCCUCCGCUACGACGUCAUCAGGAGCGAAGGCAGCAUCCUCAGAACCCGGUAGCAGGAAAACUACCCAUGACUGCGAGGCCCAGGCCGUCUCUAUCCUGCGCUCGCUCCAGAAUAACGAGAUGUCCGAAGGGGCAACAUCUUGUACUACCACAAGAUACUCCGACUUGAACCUUUCUCCAAGCUUUGAUGGCGUCCUCGCGACAAAUAAGCUGGCUCUAAACAGUUGGAAACGUCUUAUGGAGUGUACUUGCGCGGAAUGCCCUCAUCUAAUCCUGCUAUAUGUUGCGAUUCUAUCCAAGAUGCUGUUUUGGUAUUACAUCAUUGCCGAGAAAUCACUCUCCACGGGAGGAAGCGGGCAAGACAGCGCUGGUGACAGCAUCAUUGUCGAUACCCCGACUCAUGGGCCUCCCAAGAUCCGGGAGUUUGAUGUCCUCCCGACCAAGGUACAGGUUGGAUUGUUGGAUAUAGACCCAGAAGAUCAGGCGAUCAUGCGUCGUGCCGUUCUUCUUCGGGAGUUACGGGCUAUGGAACAGGCAAUAGCCGAGUUUUCGGACCAAAUCAACCCGGCUGAGGGUGUGGAACCACAUUAUAUAGCACAACGCUCAAAGAAGUGGUCAUUGACUAGCAUCUCUUUCAUUAAAGAGGAGCUGGAUACUGUUAUUCGAAAGGUUGAGCAGCCUUGA